AACAGAAGUGGAACCAGCCGGUGGUCAGCCGGCGUUCUCUCUGUCGUCGCGCGCGCCGGAUACCUCGUGCCGAUACCUCGUUGCACGUACAACACCUGCCACACGAUUAGGCACGCACAAUUCGUUUAUCCGUAACCCGUUUCGGCGACCUUUUUUAAGACUGCGAGUUUCGUAUACUCCCCCGUACUACCCCUGACUCGACAAUCGAGGCGAGAUCGACGUUAGCGCCGCCAAAAUCAUGCACGGAAAAACAAUUGACGAUAAUAACAACGACACCGAUAGUAUGUUGAUCCGUGAGUGAAUAUGCGUAUGAGAGAAUGAGGCUCGUUCGUCCGAGACGGAAGAACAUCCUCAGGAUCGUUGGAAGCGGACAGUCUCGUCAUGAUGUUGGUUCCGCAAGAUAUCAUGGGUGGCCCAUCGAAGAUGCUGUAUCAAAUGAACAAGUACUAUGCCGAGCGGGUGCAGGCUCGCAUGGGCCAGGUGCAAAAGACUAUACGAGAGGUGUGUAAGGUCGUGCAGGAUGUGCUGAAGGAGGUCGAGGUGCAGGAGCCGCGCUUCAUCUCUUCUCUGACCGAGUGCAACGGCCGCUACGAGGGCCUCGAGGUAAUCUCGCCGGGUGAAUUUGAGGUGGUCCUCUAUUUGAAUCAGAUGGGUGUCUUCAACUUCGUUGACGACGGUACACUGCCGGGCUGCGCCGUGCUGAAACUCAGCGACGGGCGCAAGAGGUCAAUGUCCCUCUGGGUGGAGUUCAUCACCGCGUCCGGCUAUCUGUCGGCUAGGAAGAUACGCUCGCGAUUUCAGACCUUGGUGGCGCAGGCCUGCGACAAGUGCAACUACAGAGAUUCGGUAAAGAUGAUUGCCGAUACUACCGAGGUGAAGCUACGUAUACGCGAGCGAUACGUCGUGCAAAUCACACCGGCAUUUAAAUGUUCCGGUGUGUGGCCGCGAUCUGCCGCCCACUGGCCGAUACCGCACAUCCCUUGGCCGCAUCCGAACCUGGUGGCAGAGGUCAAAACGGAGGGCUUCGACUUGUUAUCGAAGGAGAGCGUCGCGCUACAAGGCAAGCAAUCAGCGAUGGAGGGUGACGCCUGGGUGCUGUCUUUCACAGAAGCGGAAACCAGGCUGCUACAGGGCGGCUGUCGCCGAAAAUGUCUCAGUAUAUUAAAAACCCUGAGGGACCGUCAUCUCGAUCUGCCUGGGAAUCCGGUUUCCAGCUAUCACAUGAAGACACUACUGCUGCACGAAUGCGAGAAGCAUCCCCUCGAGACCGAGUGGGACGAGGGAUGUUUGGCCGAUCGCAUCAACGGCAUCUUCCUGCAGUUGAUUUCCUGCUUACAAUGUCGACGAUGUCCGCAUUACUUCCUACCAAAUCUCGAUCUUUUUAAGGGAAAGUCGCCUAGCGGUUUGGAGAAUGCUGCGAAGCAAGUUUGGAGACUUACUAGAGAGUUGCUCACAAACAGCCGCGCCCUAGAGAAGCUUUAGCGUUUUCCAUCUCGAGAACAUCAGAAAACGCGCGAUAAUGAAGAACGAGAAAUCGCUCGAUGACACGUAUAACAGAACAUUGUUGCCACCGUAUGGUGUUUAUUCGAUACGAACAGUUAGUUAUUAUUUAAUACAUGCUUGUGUCGAGAGUUUAGAGAUGGUGCAUUGUUACAAAUAAUUAUUAAUAUGUAAGCCAUUUUAAUUUGUAAUAGUACUAGUACUUAUAAUAGUACUCGUUUUCUUUUAAUAACAAUUAUGGUUCAAUUAAUAAUGGUUCAAACAAUAAUAAUUCUUGGAUAAAUAAUCGCGUAUUUAAUUUUUCUUUAAAUGUUCAAAUAGUCUAAUAUAAUCCUGUUAUUAUUAAUUAAAUAUUUAGCAGUAUUUUUUUCAUAUUGAACUAUUAUGUUUCGCUUUUCUUAAAAUUGAUUAUAUUAUUCAUGUUGAAAAAUUUUGCCGAUUAAAUGCAGAAAUAAAACUAAAUUUAUAUUUUAACGCGAACUGUAGGAAAAAAACAAAAUUAUUUAUUAUUUAAUAAUUGAUUGAUGAGAAAAACUAGUAUCCAUAAGAUAGGUAAACAGACUUAUGUGAAUUGUAAAUAUCCAAAAAAAGAAAGAUAUGAUUAAUUUGGCAAGAACAUGCCAUGAAAAAUACGUACAGCACGACGACUCCGUCUUAGAUUCCGGCAAGUUGCAAGUUUUCUCUAAAAAAUAAUAUAUAUGAAUCUUUACUCUAAAUAAUUUAUAUUGCUGUAAGAUAUGCUUCACGAUAGUUAUCUCGCGCGACUAUAGUUAAAUGUUAAAUACAUAGCAUAUAUCGAUAAUUACUAUAAUGCGUCACGUUGCAAUACAAAUUGUGCAAUUAAUUCUGUCGAAAUAGAAUAUCUCGUAUAAAUGUUUAGUGUGAUAAUAAUUAUUUCAUCUCAAUUAUCAAACAAAUAUUAAAAUUAUAAUCGCAAUAAAAUAGAAACAUAAUUUCUUAAGAUACACAAUCUUCAAUUUUUAAUAUUCUUUAAAAGUU